UUAAACUGUAUUUGCUCUUCAGGUCCUGAUGGGGCAGUCGUGGGGCGGCGUCAGCGAAGGCGUCCGAGUGGAAGUCCCAAACUCUGACAGCGGUCUGCCCAUGAAGGUUUACUGGAUCGCUGGGAUCAUCAAACUGGCUGGGUUUAAGGCCUUGCUGCGGUACGAGGGCUUCGACGGCGACUCCACCAGAGACUUCUGGUUGAACCUGUGCGUGCCGGACAUCCACCCGGUCGGCUGGUGUGCUGCUGGAGGAAAACCUCUGGUCCCCCCUCAGACCAUCCUGCACAGAUUCACUAACUGGAAAACAUUCCUGAUCAAAAGACUGACGGGCUCCAAAACUCUGCCGCCAGACUUCUCCUCUAAGGUGCAGGACAGCAUGCAGGUUCCCUUUAAGAAGCAGAUGAGGGUGGAGGUGGUGGAUAAAACUCACCUGUGUCGCACUCGGGUCGCGCUUGUUGAACAGGUUAUCGGCGGUCGUCUCCGUCUGGUGUACGAGGAGUGUGAAGACGGGUCAGACGACUUCUGGUGUCACAUGUACAGUCCUCUGAUCCACAGCAUCGGCUGGUCCCGGUCCAUCGGACACCGCUUCAAACGAUCCGACGUGUCCAAGAAGCUCAGCGCUCAGAUGGACGCUCCCGGACAACUGUUUGCAAAGGUGAAGGAGGUGGAUCAGAGCGGUUCCUGGUUUGAAGACGGGAUGAAGCUUGAAGCCAUCGACCCUCUGAACCUGUCGGCCAUCUGUGUGGCCACCGUCAGGAAGGUCCUGGCAGACGGGUAUCUGAUGAUCGGUAUUGAUGGUUCUGAGGCGGCUGACGGUUCAGACUGGUUCUGUUAUCACUCCACCUCUCCCUCCAUCUUCCCUUCCGGGUUCUGUGAGAUCAACAACAUCGAGCUGACGCCGCCCAGAGGUUACACCAACCUUCCCUUCAGGUGGUUCGAGUAUCUGAAGGAAGCAAAGUCUGUGGCUGCUCCGGUCAACCUUUUCAACAAGGACGUCCCUAACCACGGCUUCCGGCCCGGUAUGAAGCUCGAGGCCGUGGACCUCAUGGAGCCCAGGCUGGUCUGCGUCGCCACGGUGACCCGCAUCGUCCACAGGUUGCUACGGAUACACUUUGACGGCUGGGAGGACGAGUACGAUCAGUGGGUGGACUGCGAGUCACCUGACCUGUACCCAGUGGGCUGGUGUCAGCUGACCGGGUACCAGCUGCAGCCUCCAGCUGUCAAUGCAGGCUGCAGAGAUCUUCAGUCAGCAGCAUCCAAACAGAGGAAGAAGUCCCAGCAGUACAAGGGCCAGAAGAAGAAGAGGAAGUUGCCCAUCGCUAAGCGACCUGUGAGUCUCACCGGCGCCAUGGUAACAGGCGUCCCCAGGAGCCUAUCAGGAGACGAGAACGAGACUCCGCCCAAUUACCCAUCACCCCCUACUCCUGCCUCAGCGGCCCAGCCGGCGUCCGUCGACCCGGAGAGCCCGAACGGCGAGGGAGGGGCAGCUUCUCAGAUCAAAGAAGAAAACCUGGACGCAACUUCUGAAAGCAACGGGUCAUCUGCAGCGUUCUGCAGCAGCCACGACCAAGCUCCGUGGCUGUAGCUGAUGCUGGUCGGACCGGGCUCCGUUACCAAACUCUGUCCCGUCAUCUCCAAGAACAAAAUGUUCUCUUAGUGCGUUGGACGUACUUCUGUCUGAAACAGAACCACACGCUCUGACAGUCAAAGAAGAUCCAGAAGAGGACGGAGCACGGGAACGUGACGGGAAAAAAACCUGAGAAAAACUUUUUAUGACUUUUUCAACGCCAAGAUCUUUGUGUACGUGUUCAUGUGCUGUGUUCAAGGGUCCAAACUCUUGACGUAAUAAUCAUAAUACUGGAUGCUGUGUAAUGUCAUGUUGAGAUUAGCAGUCAUUUAAAAUGUGUGUGUGUGUGUGUGUGUGUGUGUGUGUGUGAGCGUUUCAAACCAGCCAAAAGUUUCAAACUGUCAGACUUUCAGUUCAAUCAUCUCAGCGUCAGAGUAUGCAAUAAUAAAUGUCCAAACGUGCAAUAAGAGAUUAACGUCAGUCUGAGGGUCGAUGCUGGAUUCUCAAACAAAAAGUUCAAUGUUGGUAAAUCUGAGCGGAGCCUCGUGUCGAUGAAAACUAACAGAAGCUGGUUCAUAUUCAGAAAAUGAAAACAUUUCAUUUUAACAGAGCAAACAGCAGCUGUGCUACUUCUGUACUGUUCUGUAUACGGACGCUAAUAUUUUGUUCUCACCACUGUACGUUAUUAAAGAGUUCCUAAAAAAGAAGAAGGGUUAGGGUUAGCUUCGAUUCUUCCCAGUCAGUCAUCAGUGUGUUUCAACUGGGCAGCUCUGUGUGUGUGUGUGUGUGUGUGUGUGUGUGUGCGUGUGUGUGUGCGUGCGUGCGUGUGUGUGUGUGUGUGUGUGUGUGUGAAGCCAAACUUCCCUCAAUAAAUAACGAAAUACACCGUAGUUCAGCAGCUAACGCUAACGAUGUCUUCAGCUGCUAACUACCUCGAUACCUCGCAAAAAGUUUAUUGAAUAAUUAUUAAAAUAAAUAAUUAUGGAAUUACAGAGAUUACUUCAAAAACACUGCAGAGUAUAUUUGAUUUAUUGGUAAUAAAGAUGAUCACGGUCUGAAAACGUUGCGUCUAAUAAAUCAGCAAUAAAUAAAAUUAAUAAUAAAUCUACAGAAAUAAAACUCAAAUUUUAAACUACAACAAUAUAGUUAGACAAACAAAUAUUUAGUCUUUGUUUUGUUGUCACAGAAAGUUACCACAAUAACUGAACCGUUAGGAUGCUAACGUGCUAACGUGCUAACGUUUCAUGGAGAGAAAAAAACUUGUGUUAACGUGUUUGUGUGUUUGUGUGGCUGAAUGUGUCAGCUGACUCAAACGUUCUGUGAUGUUCAGUGUGUGUUCAUGUGUAUGGCAGUGAUGUAAUUUAUAAAUGCCAUGAGUGAGUUUUAAAAUAUCAUUAUGAAUGUCGAUUCCCUCGUUUGUGUGCAUGAGAUUCAAGCCCAGACCCUUUUUCUGACUCUGGACGAUGGUUGUCAGUUUGUAGUAAUUAAUCAUCAGAUCUUCAAAGUUUGUCUCGUUAACGGUAGAGCUAAUCAGACUGCAGCAACUACAGCGUAAGAGGCAAUCUAAUCUAAUUAGUCGAAAACUGUGACAGAAAAUAUUCAUUACCUUUUGUUGCAAUGAAAUAAAAUAUAAUUGAAAAUCUAAAUUAUGAUGAAAUAUAUAAACAGAUUAACGAUUAACUAGAUUAGUAAAUUGACACUGCUAAUUACAUCAUAAUAAUCAAAAGUAUGGAAGCUCAUUUAUGCCAAAAAAAGAAAAAAAGAGUCUCAAAGUCUCAUAAAACUGUAAAAUCAAGUGCCAUAACACGACAUGUGACGUGUGUCAUAAAAAAAAAAAACUUUUUUUAUAUUUUGGCCUAAAAACACAAAAUUUUCAUUGGAUGUCACAAUUUUGACAUUAAAUACAAAUUUAUGAUUUUUACUGAGCAACUCAGAUUUUGGUCUUGCAAAAUGCAAAAUGUCUUAAUUUUGAUUUAGUUACUCGAAAUUUAUUUAAAAAAUAUUUUGACUUUUGAAAUUAAAUUUCAAGUAUUUUGGUCUUUUCUCGACAGAAAUGGACUUCCAUAUGAACACGAGGUGCCUGAAAGGCUUGAUGGUGACGCACAAAUCAAAUGUUGUAAAGAAGUGUGUGUGUGUGUGUGUGUGUGUGUGUGUGUGUGUUUUAAACUGUGUGUGCAUGCAUCGAUUGAGAGUCUUGCACACUAAUGUAGCUGUGUGUGUGUGUUGUCUUUUGUAUGUGAAUCUCCAAUAAUGUCAAACUGUCUUAUUUGUAUUACGGUGCUAUCUAUUGAUGAUAUAUAUAUAUAUAUAUACACACGUUUGAUAAAGUUUUUAUGGGAUGACUUUGACAGACUGUGACCGAGCUGAAGUUGUACUUGGACAGCUGUUUGCGAUACAUUUUGUAUACGGUGAAAAUCGAUGUAAGGAUUCAUGUUCUCUGUGACAGUUGAUUUAAAUGGUUGAAUCCUUCCUCGUCAGUGUGUGAUGUUCGGUGUGUGUCAGCAAAGGGAAGGACGACAUGAAGUGACGGCGUUUUCUUGGACUGUGGUUGGAGUCCGGAAAGCAAAGAUCAGCUGUGGUUGCUUUUUAGUUUUUUAGACACGUUAUCUCGAGAUGGCAAGAGUUUUAUUGUGGAUUAAAUUGCUGUUACCACUGAUGUCAGAGUUAAAGUCGAGUUUUAAAUGACGAGAUCAGAGAUCUUGGGUUGGGCACAAAAUAAAAUGACAGGUUAUUAAAUCAGCA